UUUAUAAAUACAUUUUUACAGCUGUUUGAGUAAUUAUAUGCAAGAAAGUGAUGUUUGGUAUUAUCUGCCUCGUUUUUGUGGUGAUUAACUCUGGAGUUGCUGGCAAGAUUACCACUCUGGAUAGAACUCUGGUGUAUAAUGGAAACACCAGUUUAUAUGGGGUGAGAACUUUCCGUCAGAAGGACAGGGAGGAGGCGGGGCCACGGAUUGUGGGUGGGAAGGAGGCGUGGCUUCACUCAUGGCCUUGGCAGGUAGUGCUGAGUUGUGCUGAUGUGCCAGUCUGUGGUGGUGCCAUCCUUAACAUGUACUGGAUCCUCACAGCCAGCCACUGUUUCAGAAGAAAUGCUAGAGAAUCAUUCUGGGAAGUGUGGGCUGGGAAACACGAUCUGGACAAUGACACUGAGUCCUGCCAACAGAAUGUCAAAGUGGCUAAAAUCAUAACUCACGAGGACUAUAACAGCAUAACCAAACAGCACGACAUCGCCCUUCUGAGACUGCACACCCCCCUGGUGUUUGACGAGUGUGUGAGGCCCGUUUCUCCCUGGAGCGGAGACUUGCCUUCGCUGAAGCGAUGCACCAUUACAGGCUGGGGCUCCACCACUCAGGGUGGUCCCCAUGCCAACAGGCUUCAAGAGGCCAACAUUACUAUACUGAAGUUUGAUACUUGUGUCAGAUUUUAUGGAGGGAUUAUCCGUCCCUCCAUGGUGUGUGCUGGAGAGAUGGCGGGAGGUUUGGACGCAUGUCAGGGGGAUUCUGGGGGUCCCCUGUCAUGCUUCACCGGAACGCAAUAUGAAGUUGCUGGAAUCGUUAGCUGGGGAGUGGGCUGUGGUCAUGCUCAGAAGCCAGGAGUUUAUACCAAAGUUGCUUUUUACAUCCAGUGGAUAAACUCCAUUAUUGGUGGUCGAUUUGGAGCCGAUGGCUCGUGGAAGGUGUUAACAGAUAUGCCUAUUAUUUCUUCUUUAGAUGUUUCAGAAGACGGACUGGAGACGCCAUAUUUAAUAUAUAUAUUUGUGCAAUACCUUUGUAUUGUCAAAAUACUGGAUUUACAUUGAGAACUCUGGUCUUCCCACAGCAAAAUAAAUAAAUCAUUGUGUUUAAAACAAAAUUGAGGAUACCUUUUACUUCUUCUCAUAGUGAAA